AUGGGAGCACCAAGCCACCCUCUGUUUGGUUCCGGAAAGCGAGGAGAGGAAACAAAAGAUGCGCCUUCUCUGAGUACCUCUGCACCACCUCCACCGCGCCCACCGCCCGUUCUCCCUCCUUCUCUCUCUCCACAGGGUGAGGGACAAACAGGGAGCGGUGAUCCCAGAGCUGCCGUGGGCCAUCCCGGUGAGCGUCAAGGCACCGGCGACGUGAGAGGAGAACGGGGCAAGGCGCAAGUUCCCAGUGGAGAAGCGAGCGCGCCGACCAAGGCGGAACCUGUGCAUGCGUCGCAGGAAGAACAGAAAGAGGAUCUGCACGCGUCGAGCACGACUCCCGGGGGAGACGAGAAAGAAAAAGACAUUUCGGUCUCUGGGAAUCCAGUGCCUGGCGGUGGUGAAGAACCGAAAACGCCCCCUCAGGGUUCCUCGCCUGCGUCGGAAAGCACUUCCACCGAAACGCAUGCAGGGGCACCCCGAAACGCCGCAAAUCCUGCCGCUGCGAGCGACGACGCGGUCGCAGGACACACUGAGAUGGGAGGCGUCGAUACGCCACCGCAGACACCAGGGGGUGAUCAGGGUGCAGUGGCGAGGGAAGAUCGAGGAAUCGCGAGUGUUAGAGGACAACCUGAGAGUGCACAGGAAUCUGCCAGCCCCGCACAGGGUGAGGGGGCGGCGAUCCGCGAUUCUCCGCCUUCUCACGACAAAGACACCGCAACUCUUAGGGAGGCAAAAGAAGGAAACGGAUCUGCGUCUGGGGCCGGACUUGCUGGCUCACGAGAAGGCGGCAUGAGGGAACAGGAACCGAAGGCGGCGGCCAAACACGAAGCAGUCAAGAAGCGCGAAGGAAGUCGAAGAGGACCGCGGGGGCCGGGAUUUGGAAGGCACCAACAACCCGGGGAAAACGCUGAUCGAAACGACCGAGCCGAUCGGAGACAAGACUACCCCACAUCAACUCAAGGUGCCCAUACACCUGAAUCAGGUGUCCAUACACCCGACUCAGGUGUCCAUACACCUCCCGCCUACCCGGUUCCGUCAAAGGUAGGGCAGGACGCAGAGGCGGGACGGCAAGAGGAGCCGCAUAGCACUGCUUCCGCGUCGUAUUACCCCGAAGCGCAGGUGGGGUAUGGAGAGGAGCGCGCUGGCCACGCGAUUCCGUCCCACGGAGACCCGCCACAAGACGCCUAUUACGCAUACACCGCAGACCCCGCAGCAGCGUACGCGUCAGCUGAGCCUGUGCAGCGUGUAUAUGGAGACGGGCGCGACUCGCAGGCGAGCGUUCGACCCCCGCGAGAAAGCGAAACCCACGGAGGCCCCAGUCCCUCUGGCAUCCCGCACUGGGAUGUGCAUGCGUCUGAUUCCGGUACAGCCUAUGUCGACGAUAGUUACGGCGCGGGUUCUGUUUCCCUCGACGGCAUCGACACCCGUGAGGACUUGGGCGAGCCGGCUCCUGCAGCGUACUCGUAUUCGUCGAGCAGAGACGGCGGUGCUCAUGCAGCGGGUGGUGGCAACUGUAGAGAUCCGCAAGUCCUUGAGCCGACCCUGGAGGAGCACUGCGACGCGUGGUGUACCACAGCGGCUCUGAAGCACUGGGAAGGUAGCCGGCCGGUCUGGGCGUCUCUCCACCUGAAUCCGGUUCCCUCCUUUUUCGCGGAUCUGCGCACUGGGCUGUUUGUGUUCUUGUAUCGGCACAAAGAGACGUUUUUCGCGGCGAAGGCGCACCUCGAGAGAGAGGCCCGCGACCUCGGCGCCUUUCUCGCGGAGAAGAACGAAGACUUCCGCGAGGCCUAUCCGUCGCUCUGGGUCGCGCUCUGGUGGGUUCUCGGCUGCCUGCUGCUCUCCCGCCUCUUGACGGGGGACUUCGUCCCGCGCUCUGCGGCCUCGCUCUUCCUCUGCUGCCUAGGCGGCCGGAACGGCUUCUGCGAGCGGCGGCGCAGAAUGAAGGAGGAGCAACGCGCUCGCGAAGAAGCUGCGCAGGCCGUCGUCGACGGCCUGCUGAAGAACCAGCAGAUCAAGUGGCUGCUGACGCAGACGAAGAAGACUUCGUUCAUCUGCGAGAAACUCAAAGGCUCCGUGCUGGAAGUCUGCCGCACAGACACGGAAGAGAAACUGACAAGGGGCGGCUCAGGCGGCAGGGUGCCCGAGGGAAUGGAGGCGAGCGAGCUCGCGAGAGUCGUCGGUAUUAUGCAGCGAGAACAGGAGGAUCUGAAACGCCUUCUGCACGCUUUGCAGGAAGAGCAGAGGGCGGAGCGCGCGAGCAGACAGGCACAGCUCGCAGGUAUCCUCGCAGAGACGAAGAAACAAUUUGACUCGGCCACGCUGCAACAGGCGCAAUACAGCCUCGUCUUUCUGCAGGCUCUAGGGCGCAUCAUGUGUGCAGUUGACCCCACAUACUCCUCUGAAGAGAAAGAGCAGCUGGAGGCUUCGAUUGCUCGAGACGCUGCGGCGAUUCAGAAUUUUCUUUCUUCCGAUUGCCCCGACGAAGUGAACGACACUUACGAGUUGGGCAACGCCCCGUCUGCAGCACGCAGUUCCUUUGCGGACGAAACUUUCAACCACCUCGUGAGGUCGGGGAUGACGCCUCGCGGCCUCUCUCUCGCCUCAUCCUGCGGCUUCUCUGCGGGGCCGAAAGGCAACGAGGAAAGAGACAAUGCGAGCUCGCCCUCGAUGUCGCUGCCUGUGGCAGAGACAGCAGAGCGCAGUGCGGGGAGAGAACACCCACGCCAACGAGAACGCGAGAACUCGGAGGAAGCGAAGGCGCGCGCAGGCGACCUCGACGAAUCCCGACACAGUUCCGCGCAAAGUCGACAAGAUGGGCCUCGAGGCGUCGUGCCGCCAAAUUUGUUUGACGCGUCGCCGCCAGGAGUCUCUCCGGGCUUUUCGUCGAUUCCCCCAGACUUCCCUCCUCCGUUCCCCGCAGCGCCGGACGCUUCUCACCCACCUCCCCUGCCUCUGAACGCGGCGCAGUUUGCGGUUCCCGAGGAGUCUCUUUCAGCUUUUCCGGGAAGCGAAGGCGUCGCAAGCGCACCUUCCACAAGUCACUCGCGCCCUCCCUUGCCGCCGCAGGGGUUGAGGGAUCCGUUCGCGUCGCCUCUUCCGCCCUCAGCCGACAUCGAGGGAGGCAGUGGAGUGUCUACGCACCGGCUCCGGUCCUCGAGUGUCGGCAGUGUCGCUGGGUCGUCUUCUCUCCAGGCGAAGAGCGCAGGAAGUCCGGUCCUUCCGCCUUCGAACGGGGUGUACGCGCCGAUGAUGCAAGCUCCUGGGACUGCAGCAAGUGCGGGGAACAGUGCAGGGCUGGGGAAUGAGGCGACCGGCGCGGGCGCUCCUCUCUCUGCUGCGCCUGCGCUGUUUGCAGGACAGCAGCCUGGGCCGAGUGCGCCGCCGCUCUCGAGCGUUGCCCCGAGUCUUUCAGCGCAGCCGCGCGAGGCGGUUCAGCGCGCGCCGUCUGGAGCGUCGAACGCCUCAGAGAUGGCGGGCGUGAACGGCGAGGAGAACAAGAGCCCUGAGAACGCUCUCGAAGAGAAGGCGCCGAUGCGAGGCAUGAUGAACGGCACAGCUCCGCCCCUGCCUCCCUCUGGACUCAAGCAGGAGGGUCCGCCGCAAGCCGCGGCCGCUCGCCAGUCGGGACGCAUCCUGAGAGAAAGAAGGGAACCUCCAAAAGUCCAGGCAGCGACAAACCCCUUCGGAAUCCCACCGCCGGCGAGUGCGCCUCUCUCCUCAGGGAUGGAUUUCUAG